UUCUGGCCACAGCUGCGCUGCGCUGCACAGCGGCUACACGCUUCCACGUCCAGUGUUUGACAAAACCUCCCAGGUUUGGCUGUGCGAGCAGAGCGUGUGUGGCGGUAAUGGCUGCCAGGGAGAGUGAGGAAGACAACAAAUGAACCCCUGAGAAACGAUUCAGAGUGAGGACUAGGAUGGUAAGCAGCCAGCCGAAAUACGAGCUGAUCCAGGAGGUGGGGCGUGGCAGUUACGGCGUGGUCUAUGAGGCAGUAGUGAAGCGCACAGGGGCCCGGGUGGCGGUGAAAAAGAUCCGCUGCCACUCUCCAGAGAAUGUGGAGCUGGCCCUGCGGGAGUUCUGGGCCCUGAGCAGCAUCCAAAGCCAGCACCCAAACGUCAUCCACCUGGAGGAGUGUAUCCUGCAGCGGGACCAGCUGGCCCAGAGGAUGAACCAUGGUUCCAGCUCCCCGCUCUACCUGGAGCUGGUGGAGACGUCUCUUAAAGGCGAGAUCACUUUUGACCCGUGCUGUGCCUACUACUUGUGGUUCGUUAUGGACUUCUGUGAUGGGGGUGACAUGAACGCCUACCUGCUAUCCCGCAAGCCAAGUCGCAAGACCAACACCAGCUUCAUGCUGCAGCUGGGCAGUGCCCUGGCCUUCCUGCACCGCAACCAGAUCAUACACCGUGACCUCAAACCGGACAACAUCCUCAUCUCCCAGGCCUGCACAUCAGCCGGAUCAUCUGAGCCCACCCUCAAAGUGGCUGACUUUGGCCUGAGCAAGGUCUGCUCCACCUCCGGGCUCAACCCAGAGGAGCCAGCCAGUGUCAACAAGUGCUUCUUGUCCACAGCUUGUGGAACAGACUUUUACAUGGCCCCAGAGGUCUGGGAGGGCCACUACACGGCCAAGGCGGAUAUAUUUGCCCUGGGGGUGAUUAUCUGGGCCAUGGUGGAGCGCAUCACCUUUGUAGAUGUGGAGACUCAGAAGGAGCUGCUGGGGAGCUAUGUGCAACAGGGCUCAGAGAUUGUACCCUUAGGGGAGGCCCUGUUAGAGAACCCAAAGAUGGAGCUGCUGAUCCCUGCCAGGAAAAAGAGCAUGAACAGCCACAUGAAGCAGCUUAUCAGGGAGAUGCUGUCGGCCAACCCUCAGGAACGGCCCGAUGCCUUUGAACUAGAGCUCAGACUGGUCCGUAUUGCCUGCAGAGAGCUGGACUGGGACACGUGAUGGAUGGGCAAAGGCACCACAGACUCAGCCGAUCAAGCACAUGUACACAUCUAAUCAGCUACUGUUAACUUAGAUGGUCACAAUGGGGGGGGGGGGCAUUAUUCUUUUCUAACUAAGAAACAAUAACUAGAAUAGUCAUUGUUGGUAUCAUGGCUUAAAUUUCAUCCAGUCUCCAAGCACAUACAGCCCUCUGCUAACUUUGUCUUCAUAAUGAAGAGGAGAGGUUUGACACCCACCGCUGCUCCUGCUCAAAAGUGCAGCUUAGUCUCAGGCUAAUCACAUCACAGCUUCCACUUCCUCGUUAAAGAAUCACUUGAGCAUAAUGGAAGAGCAGAACGACCCCAAAAAUCCUGGAUUCAAUUAAAGUGAAAGUCAAAGUGACAGUAAAACAGUUUGUCUACAAAUACCAUCUUGGAGUCGGUGCUAAUUGUUACCAAAUGCAAUAUGAGACAUGAUCCUGUGAUUUUGACAGUGUACAUUUAUCCAAAGGGCCAAUAUUAAAACACAGUCACCUCAAUGUGUAGAAUGUUUUGAAGCUGUUUGUGGCUUUGACAGAACCUGACUUACAAACGGAUUUCUGCCUGGUCAUUACCACCAGCAUUAAUAUGUACAUCCAGAUUUGAUUCUGUUUUGGCAUCAAAUUCAGAUUUGCCCUGAAUGCUCAGGUAAUAAAUACAUACAGCAUGAUGCUAUUUGUAGACAAACAUCUAGUAACAGGGUCAGUUUGAUUCAGUAGGCUUGGAGAAAAUGGCAAACUUUGGUGCUUGAAGAUAACAUUUGCUUUUCGUUGGUUGUGUGGGUGGAGGACAUUUUAUCAGUAAGUGUCCAGCCUGCAGGUGCUUGUGGUUGGUGUUUUCCUCUAUCUGCCCAUUGCGACUUCAAGAUAAGUGGAUAGGUCCGAGACACACCCCUAACAAUAAACUAGAAUGUAUAAUGAUCAGGACAGGUCAUCUUUAUUUAUAUACAGCCUUAAACACAAAAACACUGACAAAGCGCUUAAUGACAAAGCUCUUCACACAGUAAGUGAGGAAGAGCACCCAGAGGAUGAAUCUGGUUUGUCACAACUUGGGCAAGCUUAUUUUCAGGCUUUGCUUAAUAUUGAACUCACCAAGUUAAUUGACUGCCACUAUGCCCCACCCACUUAAGUUACUGUUGCUAUCCCUGUUUAUGUUAAUAUUUUAGUACGCAUGUAUGCAAUUUGCAAUGACAAUUGUGGCAGAUUUACCACAUUAAAUUAAUGGUAAGUUUAGAAUAAUUUUGGCCUUUAUUUCAGACAGAAAUAGACAAAAGGCAACCAUCGAGUUUGCUGAAUUUAGCUAAUUAGCAUUAACUCUUUUUUUUUUUUUUCUAGAAAACUUGUGGCUGACUUGUAUCCGAACCUUAUAAAAGGCUCUUAUAUACACUUUUGAUGGCUACUUGCACAAAAAAAUUCUAACUAAAAAAAAAAGGCUUGAAGGAUUCAAGUAAAAAGUCACCAUCCUCAUCAGCCUAUGAUUUAUGUAGAAGACGUGUAGAACCAUUCGGAUGCAGAAACCAUGACCUUUUAUAUUACUUUCUCUGUGUAGCAUGAUAAGAAAACAAAUUAAAGGUCAAAUGAUUAGUCAGUUAAUCGAAUUCUGGAUUGACAGGAAAUUGAUCUGUAACAUAUGAUAAUCAGUUCAUUGUUUCGAUUCAUUUUGCAAAAAUGACGAAAUUAUUUUGUUCCAGCACCUCCAGUGUAAAUAUUGUCUGGUUUCCUUGGUCUGCUAAUGUUUGCGUUUUGGACUAUUCGUCGGACAAGAGAUUUGAAUAUGUCACCUUGGACUCUUGGAAACUGGAAUAGGCUUUUGUUGACUAUACUGUGAUUUUAUAGACCCAAUGAUUAUUGAUUAAACGAAUGUAAUUAAAAGAGUAGUCAAUGAAAAUAAUUGUUAGUUGCAGUAAAACAUUCAUAAUGCUGUUCAGAUGUUUACAACAGCAACACAAAACGUAACUUGGACAAGAAACUAAAAGGCUAAAUUUAUUCUUAAUUGCAAGCAUCUAAAAUGUCUCACUUUUACAUUAUAAAAGGAUUGAGGAUGAGGAGAAACCAUUGACUUUGACUUGUUUCGGGUAAACUUCCCUAAAUCCAAUAAAUAGCAAGACACAGCUUUUAAUCUAACCUUAACUUCUGAGACAGUAAUAUCUGUGACCAGUGUUACACGGGCUCCCACACAGUGAAUGUGUCAGUUCUGAAUGGGGCUUUUUCUAGCGUACCUGUAGCCCCACAUAAUAAUGUACAUAGGUAAUGGGGAUGGGCACUGCAAACUAGCUUAGGCUGUAAAGGCUUUGGUAUGCGGCUCCAUACUUGUCCCUAAAAUAAAAAUAAACAACAAUUUAAAAACUUUAGAUAAUGAGACGCUAACUUGUGGCCUUAGAAGUAACAUGAUGAGAAAACAAGGGCGUCUCUCACACCGUCUGUUGUCAUCACAUUUAACAGACUAAAUUCCUGUUCAGUUUAGGACUGCCAUAAUUAGUCAGUGUGCAUACUAUAUUUCUUCUGUGCAAUGAAGUAUUAUUACCCAUCUUUUCGGUAAGCUCACUUUCACCUCCCAAAUGGCUUAGAUAAUCUGGCUACACUGUUGGCAAGUUUACAACCUGUCUGAUCGUGUUUCAUGUCCCAUUGGACUUUAUUGUAGCAAUGCUGCCAUGUUUCCCAGAUGGUGAAUACUAUGUUAUCAUAGCCAAUAGAAAUAAUGUCCACAACUGAUGAAAAUAAAACCCAAGUUGUAGUAAACCAGAAUUAUCCAAUAAUAAUAAUGAUAAACCAAGCACACUACAAAAAAGCAGUCUGGCCUAUUCAAAAGACUUUGUGGAGUGACCCCCCCCACACAUGACAAACUCCUUAUGUUGCCUAAACAUAUAUUUAAUUAUCUGAAGUGUGAGCUGCAUGAACUAAAAGAGCAGUGGCAUGAAUAUUCAUAUCUGCAUCCACGUAGACAGGAGACCUGAAUGAGCAAAAGGUUUGAGGAAUUUAGUGAAAGCACUUUUAUUUUGUGUUUUAUAUUUAUUCCUAAUAUCUACCUACUGCAUUAUAUGGAGGAGCUCUGUGAGGCUGGAUUGAGUGUGAUAACUGCGUUGGUAUUUGUUUAUUAGGCGAACACAAUGUCAGCCAACAGUCUACUUAUGCAUGCAGUGCCUCUCACCUUCAGGGAAGAAGUGAGAGCAGACACCAGCUCACACAAUCCUCCAUGAGCCAGAGGAUCUCUGCUUUUUUCUUUUUUUUCCCCUUCGAAACAUAAUACUGUUGUGUUUAACUUGAUCUCCUUUCACUGUGUCACUGCUCCUCAUUUCCUUGGGCUCUGGAUUUUACAGUAAUCCCUUUCUUCAUGCUUCCGACAGACUAAUUCUAAGCCUAUUAAGUUGUUGCAGCACUUGGCAGAGGAUCAUGCUUGGGACCCCUUUUGCCUUUCAGGUCAUACAUAAUUUGUGCACUUUUGCAAAUUUUACAAAAACCUAUAAAACCAAACAAUCUUGGCUUCUUCGUUGGUCUCAUUCUCUGGAGUAAAAUCUAAUUUUCCUUGACUUGUUGCCAACAUUUAUCUGAUAUAAGGCCUUAAAUUCUCCCCGUAGCUGUAAUAGUUUUAUUUCCUGUCAUGAUGCGAUCGAGAUUUGCCUUAUUUCAGAAAUUCACCGCUUUCUUUUUUGACACUAGAGUGGCCUCAUUGAUAUUGCACUCAAACACAAAAUUGGCAAAUGUUGUGCUGCAGAUGCACCACGUUUCACUGACUCUCAGCAAGGUGCUUUGGUAUGAAUAGCAAUACCACAAAUCAGUAUUAAAAUGCCUGUCUUUACUACAGGACAUCUACAUUGCUUCGGACAAUGUUGCUUUGCUUCAAGAAUGUGGUAUUUGUGGCUCUCUGUACACGAGCAGAAAGGUUUGGACACAAAGUAGGUCACCCAUAUCCUCGGAGCUCAAAGCAGAGCAGAGAAUGAUGGGUAGAGUCAUUUCCGGCUAGAUUUCUUCCUUUUACCCUUUUAGAUGAGAGGGGAGGAGGAAAACACUUGGUUUCCUGUGAGGUUUGCCAAACAAAUGCUAGGUCUGUGGUAUCAAGAGAUUUCACCCGUUGAUUUGUUGUAUUCAAUUCCUUUGCACAUGUGUAAAUACUGUAUAGGAUCAACAGGGGUUGAACAAGGUUGAUGUACAUUUCACUGGAUGUGCUCUGUUUUCAAGAGCCUGACUUGUUUGUAAAUUGCUGUGAUGGUUUCAAGUUUUCUUCAGCUCUUAAUUCAGCUUCAGUUCACUUCAGUCAUUGAAAAGAUGUGAUAUAUUUACAGGUUAAUGCUGUCAGUGUGCUAGUGAUAAUUGUAUGUUUUACAUUGGCCUAUUGUUUGUGAUUUUGUGUAAGCAAAGCUGGUAUACAAUUUGGGUCAACUCAGUUGUCUUUUCUGUCUGGUACUGGACUAUUUGGAAAAAGAACCUUCUCCUUUGGAAUUCUUGGACAUCAGUCAAAUUCACCACUUUAUGUAGAUCCGAUCCAGGACCAUCAUGCAAUGUACCACGGUACAGCUUUGCUAUUUCCUGAGACUUGGACAUUUCAGUCACUGAUUGGCUCACUAAAUGUGUUCCAUUAAAAAUGUUGAAAAUAAGAGCUCCCCUGAUGGUGGGCAGUUUGUUUUAGAGACAGUAUGGGAAGGUACACGUUAAAAAAUGACAGAAAGGUCUCUUCCAUUACAUUCAUAACAAACCGUAUAAAACCAUAGAUUGUGCAUGAUGAUGCAGGAUUCCUUUUUCGCUCAUCCACUGGAGUGCUGCCUAGCAAGUGUGCUCAGUGCUGCCACCAGUAAUCAGAAUAUCUAGAGAGAAACUAGCUAUUUCCCAUUUCCGUACGACAUACUAAUGCUGCAUUCCGAUCACAUGGUGGAGAUGGUAGAGAUAGGAAAGAUUUCCAUGUUUAAAAUCUGCAUUAAGGGACAACUCUUGACAGUUGUCUUAGGGUUAAAAAUACUGUAAAUUGACAACGUAUCAAUAUCCACUACAAUUGUUUUAGUUUAUAUUGAAGAAAGGAAUUUGACUGACAUGAGGCGUCCAUGUUUGUAUUCAUAAUUCUGGUAACUCCAAUAUGACAUGAACUAAGCAUCAUUUUUUAAUAUGUUAGGUGUUGGAAAACUGACGAAAUUCUUUGAGUGUGCUGUUGAACACUUUGGCCCCACAAUGCUUUGCUCAAAGGAAAUAGAUGGGCUGUUCACAGCUGACAAUCAUUAGAAUAAACUGCCAGAAAGAAAAGCAACAACAUCAAAGACUUAACAAGUCUUUGUUGUUGUCUGGUACUGUAGUAUGAUGGAUACUGAAAUAAUUGAGUAGUAUUACUGUAAUACAGCCUUUGGUCAAUAUUGGCAGCAGUAAAGACUGCUGCAGAGUUGCACUCCAGUUAGUAAACAAAGAAAACAUCUGCGCCAUCUUUUUGUAUUGUAAUGGAGAAGAUCUCUCUUGGUGUGCAAUAAAUCAUGUACUUUUUUUAUUUCACACUUGCUUAAUAACAUUUCCCCCACUUUAUUGGUUGCCUACCAUCUGGUUAGAAUUUUUUCGACAUUUUUCCUGUAAUAAGUUUUUUAUUAGCCACUCAUCAACUGAAAUUACUUAGUGAGAUAGCAAUGCAGCGUCAUGAUGCGAGUCCUGGAUCGGGGUCCUCUAAAAUGCCCUGUGUCAGAUGAAGGGCACACUCGAUCUGAUCUGAUCUGAUCUGAACUCAAGCCAGGCAAACUUCUGCUCUCACACUUUUGUAUGAACAAUUUUUGCUCUUAUGUCACUGUAAGAUAUUUUGAAGAGAUUA